AUUAUGUUGCUUUUCCUGCGCAUGCGCUCCGUCCAAAGGAGACCUGUCGAGGUCGAAUUGUAGGGUUUUUCAGUUUUGCUCAAAACAGGGUACAAAAAUGCCUGCAGACUACGAUAAAGGGGCAUACCCAGAGCCUCCUCGGCAGACUCCGGUUGUGGACAAACAAACAGCACUGCCAAACCCAGCUCUGAUUUUGUCUAAGCUCUUCUAUUAUUCCGUGGACCUGCCUGUCACCACAUUUAGAGAUGCUGUUGACAGUAUUCGGGCUAAAAACAAGAUCGUGUACUACCACCAGAAGUUCCGUCGUGUUCCUGACCUGACGGAGUGCAAAGAGGGAGAUUAUCCCUGCUACUACGAGGCAGAGAUGCAGUGGAGGAGAGACUACAAAGUGGAUCAGGAGAUCGUGAAGGUGAUCCAGGAGCGUUUGAGGGCCUGCCAGCAGAGAGAAGGACACAGCUACCAGCAGAACUGUGCUAAGGAAAUUCAGCAGUUCAAUGAGGUGACAAAGAACUUCCAGUCACGCUAUGGAGACCUGGGAGCUUAUGCCAGUGCAAGGAAAUGUCUAAUGAAGCAAAAAGAGCGAAUGAUGGCAGCUCAGGCCCAGAAUGCUUAAGAAUCUCUCUCUCCUAUGUAAUAACUGUAAAAUAAAGUUUAUGUUAAAUCACAA